AUGGGAUUAGCCGCCGCAAAGAGGAGAACCAAGAUCUCCAAUGAUCCCAAUAAUACACAAUGGGCGCGCUCCACUUCGGGCUUUGGCCAUAAAAUCAUGAGUUCUCAGGGCUGGGCCCCCGGUGGUCGCCUUGGUGCUAAGGACGCUGCGCAUGCCGAUCUCUUGACUUCUGCCAGUACCUCUCAUAUUAAAGUGACCAUCAAGGACGACACACUAGGACUGGGUGCUCGAUUGGGUCGGGAGGGCGAACCGACCGGUCUGGAUGCCUUCAAGGGACUCCUCGGUCGACUCAACGGCAAAUCAGAGGAGGAACAACAAGUGGACCAACGCAAACGAGAAGAUGUGAAACUCGCCCGAUACGUCGCACUGAAAUUCCCCGAAGUUCGAUUUGUUCGCGGCGGUCUGUUGGCGCAGGAGAAAGAGGCUGUCCUGGCGGAUGCCGAGAGGGCGGAGUUGAAGGAAGAGAAGGCGAAGAAGGAGAAGUCGAAAAAAAGAGAGCGAUCAGGAUUCCAGCGACGACAGCGAAUCCAAUCCAAGGACAAGUCCUCCAAGAAAGACCGUUCCCGAUCAACCGAUGUCGACAGCUCCUCCGAAUCUAAGAAGAAGGAGAAGAAGAAGUCAAAGAAGCGAAAGGCUGAUUCCGACGAGAGUGAGAGCGAGGCUAGCGACAAGCCCGCCCCCACCCCCGCCGUUUCACGAGAGCGACUCCCCAUGGCGAGACAAAUCUUCCGGGGCCGACAUAUUGCACAGAAAAAGAGGGCACUUAUGGAUGACAAGUCAUUGAAUGAAAUUUUCAUGGUGAAAGCGUAG